GUGAGACGAUAGAAACCACCAUCAAGCCCCAUCAUGUUUGACUGAUCUUUCCCACCGGAUAACAACAACUGCUAUCUGCAGAAAUGUGCUGAUCUAAACUCCUGUUGCUCUUGAACGCCCGAAGCCCUGCUUUGCCAAUGAGGUCCAAUCAUUCCAUGGAAGAGGAGAGAUCUUCGUAGCCCCAGCAAAAACAUUGUUUCUUUGGAGCGGCCAUCUCAACGCUUGCUUGAUUCCAAGGAAAUACAGAUAUUUGUUUGCGUGGUGGUACAUGUGAGAGGUCAAAAGUGUUUCUCCAACGCAUCCUCCAGAAACUCAGACUGUUUUCCAAAGCAGACGAGUCUCAACCCUCUCCUACAGCAGUGAUGGGAAGUGUGAGAACACACCGGUACAGCAUAGUUUCCUCUGAGGAAGGCGGGAUGAAGCUGUCCCCCAUCGCCAUGCAAAAUGGCUACGGCAAUGGAAAUGUGGGCGGCAAAGUGCACACCCAGCAGCAAGCACAAACCCGCUUCGUCAACAAGGAUGGACACUGCAACGUGCAGUUUAUCAACAUGAGUAAAAAAGGUCAACGCUACCUGGCUGACAUCUUCACGACGUGCGUUGACAUCCGAUGGCGUUGGAUGAUGGUCCUCUUCUGCCUCUCCUUUCUGCUAUCCUGGCUGCUUUUCGGACUUAUAUUCUGGUUCAUUGCACUUUCAUCCGGUGACUCAGAGAAUCAAGAGCAGAUAUGCAUUUCGAACAUUGACAGCUUCACGGCAGCCUUCCUGUUUUCUGUGGAGACGCAAACAACUAUUGGUUAUGGCUACCGAUAUGUAACAGAGGACUGCCCCUUUGCUAUCUUCAUGGUGGUUUUCCAGAGCAUCUUAGGAUGCAUCAUUGAUGCCUUCAUCAUUGGUGCGGUCAUGGCUAAGAUGGCCAAGCCUAAGAAAAGAAACGAAACUCUUGUGUUCAGUCACUAUGCCACAAUAGCCAUGAGAGAUGGUAAACUGUGUCUAAUGUGGAGAGUCGGGAACCUCCGGAAAAGCCACCUGGUGGAAGCUCACGUUCGCGCCCAGCUGCUCAAAUCCCGCACCACCGCUGAAGGCGAGUUCAUCCCGCUGGAUCAGAUAGACAUUGAUGUCGGAUUCGACACUGGCAUUGACCGCAUAUUUUUAGUGUCUCCCAUCACCAUCGUGCAUGAGAUUGAUGAGGACAGUCCUUUGUAUGACAUGAGUAAACAGGAGCUGGAAAGUUCGGAGCUGGAGAUAGUGGUGAUAUUGGAGGGCAUGGUGGAAGCUACGGCCAUGACCACUCAGUGUCGCAGCUCUUACGUGACGAGCGAAAUCCUGUGGGGCCAUCGCUUUGAGCCGGUUCUUUUUGGGGAGAAAAACCAUUACAUGGUGGACUACUCACGCUUCGAGAACACCUACGAUGUUCCCAGCACGCCUCAAUGCAGCGCUCGAGAUUUGGCUGAAAAGAAGUACAUCAGGUCUAGCUCCAACUCUUUUUGUUACGAGAAUGAAGUAGCCUUCAUGGAUAAAGAGGAAACGGAGGAUGAUGACGAUGAUGAUGAAGAAGACCAGAAGAAUUUCAGAAGGGACAGUGUGGCCUUGGAAGGAUCCAAUACUGAAGAUGUCAAAAGCACAGCUUCCAGUCAGGAUACUUUACCGCUACAACUCAAACCUUUAAGACAACAGCUUGAGUUAUGACUGCUUUAAAAAAAAGGUGCAUGGUAUAUGGUGUAUAGCAUAAGAAAAUGCUGUUUUGCUGCUGUUUUUGAGGGCAAUAUUUUGCCAGUGGUUUGAGAGGAACACAAGUGUGGGUUGCAGAUGUCUUGUAACUUUUUCUUGCGCUUGUUGUCUAAGAAGACAGAUCAACAAACAUUAACUUUCAAAUCUACUCUGACAGUCUAUAUGCAAUCAGUUUAUAAUAUAGACAAGAACAGCACACAUUGUAGAUAAUAUAAACUGUGCUUCAAACCGAGGGUAGAUUACACUACACAACUUUUGCACAGAUUUUUGCCCGAUUUACAAUUUGGAGGGGUUGAUGCCAAAGGUGUCCAAAGUCAGUAUGUAGAUCUUUAGGCAGUCAGAGAUUACAUAUUUCAAAGAAAAUGGCAUAGUUUAUGAUGGUCACAGACAGUCAUGUAAUAACUGAAAGAUGGUGGGGUUUUUUUCAAACUUUGAUUCCAUCCAGUCAGAGGACAUGUUUAAUAUUUUGAGGCGAUUUUUAAACAUAUUGUAUUCACAUAGUAUGGGUAGAGCUAGUUUUCUGUCCACCAUCUUAGAUACUUUUUCCAUUAAACAUACAUUUGGCCAAAACAGAGUAGGCUCCCUUGGGUUGUAGCAUAAUGUUGCUACCUACAUACUUUGGGAAGAGCUUUCACUGAAGCAGGCCUUUGAUACUGUCUAUAUGUAGCUCAAUAGGUUUUGGAGCAGAGCUAUAAUUUAACAAAUGCCAAAGAUUUUGCAGGACACACAGUUUUGUUUGAUUGUCCCUGCACACAGGCUACUAGCAGCACGUUCAGGAUAAUACCUUGUGCAAAAGCCAUGAUGAAAUCCUGUCUUUAAAAGCAGAGGUGGUAUAAUGAAGGAUAGUGAAAAUGAGAACCAAAUGUUUCCUUUUGAUCUGGUCCAUGCCAUUAAAUCUACAACCGAGGGACAUUUUGAACAUUUAAAAGUCACUGCAAUGUCAUGAUUUAAGACAAAUGAGUGAAACACAAGGUUGGAAACCUAGCCUCCAUAUUUCA